CAUGAGAGUUGUAUGGUGGGUAUCAGGAGGUGUCCACCAUGUGAUUUGGACCAUAUCCAUUGCUGCAUACAUUGCACAGAUGGCGCUGCGUGUGCUUUGGGCGGCCUCCGGUGAAAGUGCAGCCGUCUUCAGCGACGAGGAGCUUGAAGCUCUGGUGAAACUGAAUGGCAACACCAUCAUGGUGCUAAAGUCAGAACUUAUGUCUCGAGGGUUUGGAUCAAGGUUUCAACAACGGCUUUUUCAUAUGAAAGAAGAUGCCGAGGUGGAUGAUGAUGCGGUGUUAGCCCCGCCAAUGGUGCUGAAGAUGGUCAAGCUGACCUUCCUUCCACCACACCAAAAACGAGAUGAAGAAUUCCUUGUCGCAUGCAAGGAAGGACGCCUUCAGGAAGUUGAAACGAGGUUGCAUCAGCCUCAGGAUCCCAACUGUGCAGAUGCGCAGGGCUUUACGGCUUUGCAUUUUGCAGCUGCAAAUGGCAUGUCGGACGUGGUGCGCAUAUUGCUGGAGGCUGGGGCCUCCUGUGAUAGAGCCACAUCAUAUGAAGGCAUAACUGCUCUGCACGCUGCUGCUGCCAAUGGCAAGUUGGACGUGGUACACUUGUUGCUGCGGGCUAGGGCCUCUUCCAACACUGCAGAUGCAGAGCGCAAAACGGCUUUGAAUGUGGCAGCUGCCAAUGGCCACCCGGAAGUGGUACACUUGUUGCUAGAUGCUGGGGCCUCUUCCAACACUGCAGAUGCAGAGGGCAAAACGGCUUUGGAUGUGGCAGCUGCCAAUGGCCGCCUGGAAGUGGUGCGAUUGUUGCUAGAUGCUGAGGCCUCUUCCAACACUCCAGCUGGAAGCGUCGAUUUCUGGGGCGCUGUGCGGGCAAGAGAUGGAUGGUAAUUUCUGACCACUGCAUUGUAAGGUGCUGCUUGGAACGGUCACCUGAACGUGGUGCACUUGCUGCUGCAAGCUAGGGCCUCUUGCGAUCAAGCAACAGCAAAGGUUUGGUGCAACGCUCUUAGGGCUGCUGCGAAAGGUCGCCUGGAAAUGGUUAGUUGCUGAAAGCUUGAGCGACAUGAUCUUGCACAUCCAUGGCUGGACUUCUUUGCACUAUGCUGCUCGCAAUCGUGACCCUGAAGUUGCGCGUUUGUUGCUGCAAGAUGCUGCAAGCUGGUGCAACUUGUGAAGAUGCCACAUCAGACCAAGGUGCAACUGCUUUGCAUGUUGCUGCCGAACACACGUCAACUAGAAGCCGUCCGCUGGAGUCUGGCGCUGCCCGCGAUGUCACGAAUCAUGAGGGCGCGGAUCACCGCUCCUUUGGAGCUUGCAGCGGAGCAGGGCUUUCCUGCAGAAUGCUGUGGGGGCGAGGCUCAAGAGAGCACCUGUGCCAUGGUGCUCAGAUGAACGGAAAAGGGAUGACAAGGGUGUUCGCU